AUGACCGACCGCCUCAAGUCCAUCGUUUCGCACAUGACGCCCUCGGCCAGCGGCAUCUCGGCCCUUACCACCAAGAACCCCGACGAUGUUGUCAUCACCCUCGCCUUCCGCACACCCCUCACCAAGGCGCAUAAGGGCGGCUUCAAGGACACGACCCUUGACGGCAUCCUCGUCAAGACGCUCAAGCAAGUCGUCGCAAAGUCGAACCUCGAUCCUGCCGUAGUAGAGGACAUCUGCGUCGGCAACGUCUCAGAUGCCAAGGCUGCCUACUAUGUCCGCGCUGCUAUGCUUGCCGCUGGCUUCCCCAACACCACAUCCGGCUCGUCGCUGAACCGCUUCUGCUCGUCGGGACUCAAGGCCGUACAAGACAUUGCCAACCAGAUCGCCGUCGGCAGCAUCGAGUGCGGUCUCGCCAUGGGCGCUGAGAGCAUGACAGCCGGCGGCGACAGGCUCGAGAGGCCGUUCGUCGACGAGGUGCUCGAGAACCAGGAGGCGAAGGACUGCAUGCAGCCCAUGGGCCAGACGUCGGAAAACGUCGGCAAGGACUUCAACAUCUCGCGCGAGCGCCAGGACAAGUACGCUGCCGAGUCAUACCGGAGAGCCGAGGUUGCGCAGAAGGCGGGCUGGUUCGACGACGAGAUUGCGCCCAUCACCACCCAGAUCAAGGACCCCAAGACAGGCGAGGUCAAGACCGUCACCCUGACCAAGGACGAGGGUAUCCGCGCCGGCACCACAUUCGAGAGCCUGCAGAAGGUCAAGCCUGCCUUCCUUCCCCACGGCGACCGGUCACACGCCGGAAACUCGUCGCAACUCACAGACGGUGCCGCUGCCAUCCUCAUGAUGAAGCGCUCCAUGGCCGAGAAGCUCGGCCAGCCCAUCCUCGCCAAGUACGUUGGUGCCACCGUCGCCGGUCUGCCACCCAGGAUCAUGGGUAUCGGCCCAUCCGUCGCCAUCCCCAAGCUCCUCUCCAAGUUCAACAUCACCCUCGAGGACGUUGACCUUAUCGAGCUUAACGAGGCUUUCGCUUCUAUGGCCGUAUACUGUCUCGAGACACUCAAGAUCGACCACCAGAAGCUCAACCCAAGGGGAGGUGCUAUCGCGCUGGGUCACCCGCUUGGCUGCACCGGUGCGCGUCAAAUUGUCACUGGUCUGAGCGAGUGCAGAAGGCAGAAGAAGAAGGUUCUGCUCACCAGUAUGUGCAUUGGUACUGGUAUGGGUAUGGCUGGUUUAUUCAUCAACGAGCAGAACGUGUAA